GCUCUAGGCCAGUGCUCUGGAUGAUGGGAAAUCAUCGUCUUUAAGUGCUGUGCGUUCGUGUUUCGUUCGUUGUUGUUCGUAGUUCGUCCCUUGCCGUUAUCUUUUGAAAGACCGCGCUGAAAGUUUUCGCCGCUUCAAAUCAUGAACCUUUACGGAUUUACCGAUGAAUAUUUACCUAGCAACACGUGCUAGGCCUUUUUCCGCUUUGAGACAGCAGCCUUCAUGUUUUCAGAUAAACCAAUGAACUGUGGACCCGCACUCCUAUUUCUGCCAUCUGUUCACGUCAUAAUCGUUGGCGAGAUACUACUGUUGUUGAAGAGAUAACUCGGAGGCCGUCUACCCUGCCAGUGCUAAAGCCCUUUUGGCAGGUUAUUCGGCGCGUCGUCUGGCAGCUGCCUUAAUUGUCUUUUCGCGCACUUACAUAGAUGACGUGAGAAUGACCGCGAGAGCCAAUUUUCUCCGUGCGCUUUCGUGCACUCGUGUGCAAUAUAGGUGCGUUACGGCAUCCACCGCGGAGGCAGCCCUCAACUUGGACAGCGCCAAGCCUUUCUCGGAUAUACCGAGAGUGACGUCACUACCUCUCAUCGGAAGUUCCUGGAUGUACUGGCCUGUCAUUGGAAAAUACGACCCCGACAAAGGACAUGAGGCCGCCUUUGACAUGUAUCGUAAGCAUGGGCCCAUUGUGGUGGAGAAACUGGCUGGACGCUACCCGUUGGUGCACCUGUUUAGCGCGGAUGACUUCCAGACAAUGUAUCAGCACGAAGGCAAGACACCGUUUAGGUUGGGAGCUACUGCUUUUAAGAAAUACCGCGCUAGUCGACCGCAGUACUACGAUAAUAUUGGAAUCCUUAACAUGCAGGGCGAGGAGUGGUACCACACCCGUUCCAGGUCCCAGCCAUACACCUUGCGACCGCGCACAGCGAUGUCAUAUGCUCCCAGCAUGAGCCAAAUAGCGGACGACGCGAUCAGGGUCAUAACACUCUCCAGGGACAGCAUGAGUGAAGUUCCGGACUGCUACCCAAUCGUUUACAACUGGGCAAUGGAAAGCGUGACGCGUGCAUCGCUGGACACGAGGGUUGGUUGCCUGGAACACCCGCUGGAUCCCACCUCGGAUGGAGCCAUCAUCCUCAAAUCCAUGGACACAAUCUUCCGGUGUAUGCAGAUUUUCGGUUACCGGUUUCCCUACUUCCGGUACUUCCGAACUCCCACGUGGAAAAAGUUCGAAGACGCCAUGGACACUUUCACCGUAAAGAUCUUCAAGCAUGUGGAAGCGGCAGCAGAGCGCGUCAAAGCCAAAGAACCUGACGAUGAUUACACCAUCUUGGAACAUUUAUUGGCCGAACAGAAGAUGGAGUUUGGUGAAGUGCUCGCCUUCAUGAGCGAUUUUAUUCUCGGUGGAGCGGAUACAACCUCCAGUACGGCUACUUUCUUCCUGUACCAUCUUGCGAAGAACCCAGAGGCUCAAGAGAAAGCCCGUGCGGAGAUCCAGACUAUCGUUGGCCCAGGCGUCACCUCCAUCCAGGCGUCUCAUCUUAGUCACAUGCCCUACGUCAAGGCCUGUCUACGGGAAUCUCUGAGGCUAAAUCCUACGCUGUCUGGGGUGUUCCGGAAGCUGGACCAUGAUGUCGUCAUGUCAGGUUAUGUCAUUCCCGCCGGAACGGUGAUGUUUACAGAAAACUACGUGGCGUGUCGCCUGGCUGAGAACUUCUCCCGUCCUCUUUCAUUCGAGCCUGAGCGAUGGCUGAAGGAAAAUAAGAAGGAUUCUUCCGACGUCCUCCAUCCUUAUGCGGCACUCCCAUUCAGCUUCGGUCCCAGGAUGUGCCUCGGGAGAAGAAUCGCAGAGCUAGAACUAUGGAUUCUAGCUGUGAAGGUUCUCUCCAAGUUCCGCGUGGAGUACCACUACGAAGACAUCGGCUUUCGAGGAAAGCUGACCAACGCACCGGACAAACCGGCCAGAUACCGCUUUAUUGACCUUUCAUGAUGGCCACAGAUGUCUGAAUUCAUGGGACGAUGCCAUACUACCUAAUCUUUCACCCUGAGGAGGCUGCUUCGGUUGGCUGUUCCACCCUACACAUGAGAAAAUGGACAGUCUGCAACAUAUCUCCGCUAUGCUAUAGCCAUUCACGGUGAAGCCCGCGUGUAGCGAACAAGUCAGAGCACUGUA